AUGAAAGUUUUUCUCCACGCUCUUACUAUUGAUCAUCCACACCCUAGCCAGUUGGAUCUGAUCUUUCCAUCAUCCAUUAGUGCCAUCUCACUCAAAGCUGAAGGCUAUUUUCCCAGUCGGGUGGUCAACUCCGUCCUGAGUAGCACUUUGCGAACACUAUUCCAGGCUACAAAAGUUCGCGCAGCUAGUUUGAGCAUCAAUUCAAGCUGGCCUGCCACUCAGCCACCUGCAUUAUCCCAUAGCAAUCUUAUCAGCGCCUUUAAAGGUCCCCCCGCUGGUGUUCCCACUUUCCGACCAGCCACUACUGUUGCUGAACGCAAAGUAGAUACCAAGUGCAAUUUAAACAACUCCAGCAACUCUUGCAACUUAAGCAAGUCUAGACAAAGUCCAAACUCUAAGGGUCCCUCAGGUCAAACAGCCACCUUGACGGCUGAUCUCACUAGCCACUCAUUUGUCCGGCCAACAGCCAAGAUGAAUGAAUUUGGCGCAUCACCUCAAUGCCUUACUCCCUCUGAUUCUGGCAUCCAUCGGCAAUGGCAGGGCCGGACCCUUCCGCGGCAAGAAAGUCUAGAGCGUCUGGGUGCACCUGUUGGCGUUCAUGGAUUCCCUCCAGCUUCUGCAUCAGAUGGACUGACCAAGUGCUCCGUAGACAAGCACUGUCGGCAAGAAGAUUCCCUAAAUCGAAAGGUGUUAAAAGAAUCCACGCUUGACGAAGAUACUGAUGAUGUGCCUCCAUUGAUUAGCUUUGAUCCGGGCGAACCGGAUGGGGAUUAG